AUGUCCACCAAUCCUAUUGUUCUUGCCCGUGGACACACUGAAGCAGUCACAACUUUGUCACUUUCUGAUCAUCUGCUGGCAUCUGGAAGUGCGGAUGGCAAUACCUAUUUCUGGUCUCUGGAUCAAAGUCCUUGUCCUGUUCUCCAGGCUCCAAGAUAUGGUCACUGUUCUAGUAUCAAAUUUAGUGUCAAACAAGAAAAUAUACUCUACGGGGCGUAUAGCCAAGAAAUUAUCUCGUGGGAUAUACGCAACUUAAGACAGCUAUUCGAUAUUUGGAAAGUUAAUGAAGGGAGAGUAAAUUCGAUUGACGUAUCUGAGACUGAAGACCGGCUGGCGUCAGCAGAUGAUACUGGUACAGUACAGAUUAUUGAUCUGAGUAAUGGUUCGCUUGUUCGUACUCUCAAGAAACAUGAUAACAGCGUGUCUUCAGUUAAGUUCCGACCGGGUCGUCCCUGGCAGCUGGUGAGCGGUGGUGUCGACUGUAAAGUUGUCGUAUCCGACUGGCGGGGAUCAGGCUUGGCGGUUAAUAUUUUUGAGCUGAGUGAAAUUGCUGACUACUCUGGCUCAGACUCAAACAAUGUUGAGGCUGACUAUUCUUAUAUAGACAGUAUAGAUGAUGAAUCCUUGAAUGUACUCCUCCGUUCCAACUCCACCAUGAACUUUGACGGGGGUAAUACCAGAACGAAUGACCGCAUUCGAGAUCGGUUCGCCGAGCAGAUUGCCCGGUUGUUUCUUAUCCCUACGCCAGUGUCAUUCAGUCGGGAUCGCCAGCGUCGUAACAUAUCAGUCAGACGUCCUUGCAUCAACUCAGUUUCCUGCUCGAUGUCCGGUGACAUCGUUGCUGCCUCACUUGAUAGCAAGACCAUUGAAUUGUUUUCCGGUUAUGGUAAAAAGUUGAUGCAUUAUGAAUCAUUGUAUGGUCACGAUGGUAGAGCAUCAACUGUACACUUUAUAAAUGUAUGUUUUCUAAUAUUUUUGUUUCCCUUGUUGUUACAAAGGUAGUAACGUAUGUAGGUGUUUUUCUUAAUCUCAAUUUAUACGGUCUAAUGUUUCACGACGCAUAAAAACUGCAAUGCAGCUAUUAUAAUGCUCGCUUACAUCAGAAUACUCAACUUACUCCAUCUCUGGUGGGUACGUGUUGUCCACCUGUCGAUGAGAGGAUGUGUGUACUGUCGAGCAGUUUGUUGUGUGUUGCUUUAUGACUGUGUAUCAUGGCUGUUGAGAGUGGAGAAAGUGAAGUGGAUAGUUGUCUUCCGCCAUAAGCGAUUGCAUCCUAUCUCAUACUUCAAGUGCAGGGUUUAAUGCUUAAAGCAGAAAAUAGUAGUGGCUGUGGGUUAAGAGUGGAACAUAGGGCUUCAACAGCACAUCUUCAUUCUGCCAUGCACACUGCUGUUUUUUAUCUGGCUCCACGAUUGCCCAUGAAUUUCUAUUUCUUCCCCACAUGAUUACCACUGUAUUAACCUCAGAAGUCCAACUUUUCCUUCUCCAUUUUAGUUCCACUCAAGGACCUAGUAUGUAACGUCACUCAGCGGUGCGCCCAACUUAUGUGUAUCCAAUCAACUUCAUAUUUGUUAGUUAUUUAUCCUUUAUGUGACUAUAUGAUCUUCACUAUCGAGCGAAGGAGGUAACUGUUAGUGAUAGCCUGCAGUGUGUUAGGAAUGCCUUCAGUGGUUAACCCAUUCUGUUGAACAUACAAAAAAUUUCGGGUCGCGUUAGUUAUCGUGAGUGGCGUUAAUCCCUGUACUGAUUUCGGAGUGUGAACACCUGUCGUGCAUUCACGAUCCUAGCUUUGAGAUUCUCAUGUUGUUGUUGACACGAUGCUGCCUAGAUAAAUAAGAAGUGACUUCCUAAAUAUGUCUUCUACCAAUGGAGACCAAUGCCUGUUGUUUGCUGGUUAUCAGCAACACUCCUUACCACUUUUUGUUCACUUGAAGUUGUCUCAUCACUUCCUGCUCUCUCAACUUGUUGAGUUUCGUCUGUGGAUUGUCGAGUUUUGUGACAGUAGACAUGACAUAUCUACAAGGUCCGGGUCUCCCUGAAUCCUUUUAUCAGUCUGAUGUUUCAUGUCUCUCAGUGUCUUCUUGUUGACGCGAUGUAUGCGCGUCUUCUCUCUCUCCUCAUGUUCUAUUCCAUAAUCUAAUUCACUUCAAACAGGAAUAUAAUCAGUGGUAAAAGGCAGUCUUAUUGUAUUCCUGUCUUCACUUCCAAUACUUUGAUGAGCUUUCCUUUGUGAAUCAUUUGACAUGUUGCAUCAUCAUAUCUCCAUUGCUGUUGAAUGAGGCUAAUGAAGGUUUGGGUGAAGCAGUUUCCAAAUCAAUUCAUGCUCAACACUGUGUAGGAUCUUUCCAAAUUCGAUGAAGUUAAGGUGGAGAGUUGAGUGAUGUGCUCUCUUCCAUGCUGAUGCUUUUACUGAAUUCAGCUUGUUGCGAGUGAGAAUUUCUCACUCUGGGCAUCUUUUAGUUUCUACACGAUGAUGCGGUUAAAUAUUUUUGUAGUUGAUAGUAGUAUAAUUCUGCACCAGUUCAAAUCAAAACUUGCUGUCAGUUCAUGUAGUGUUUGGCAGUUGGGUUGAGCUAGCCACAUAGGAAGAUGAAGAUUGUAUCUCUAAGAUUUCCGAACCGAGACUGAAAAUUCAACAUGGAGCAAGGUCGUUUUUCAAAUGGCCUGGAUGCAUUGUCUCCUUCAUAUGGUUUACCAGACUUUCUUAUACUUGACCCUAUGAAAUAGGAUCACCUGAAUCAAUAACUCACUAUUCGUGUGUAGAUUUCUAUAAUCAUCUGAUUUAACAAUUGAAGAAAGGUGUUCAUAUGCAUCGAAUACUCUUCGUGAACACCACCACUACAAUUAUCUCUUUUUUAAACGUCUCUUAACUCUCUUUUCUUGCUCUGUACGCUACAUGGAGGGAGUGUGGCAAAUAGAACUUCUGUGCAAAGCUCUAUGUUGAAACCAGUCAGUCAGUCGAAACCAACUGAAAACGUUUAGAAUUUAGUUGGUGGAAUCCAGGAUGCACAUUUCGCCCUGUUAGGACUCGUCACCUGGAUGUGCAUGCCCAGACGUCGUCGAAGCAUCUGCACAAGAAGCCGACAUGUCAACCUGAGGCGGAGCAAUUCGGUCCAAUCAAUCGACGAGAAAAUCUAAAAUUCAAUUGAACAACUGGAUAAGUGUACAGGAAACAUUACUAGUCAGUGGUUCAUGUGAUGAAAAUAUUUUUGUAUGGAAUAUUGAGUCAGAAGCUUAUGGCCAAGCUACAUAUCACGGUGAAGAAGUGAGCGCUUUUGAGGGUAGACGGCUUGAUCGUCUUAUCGUCGCGGAUUCCUCUCCUGUAAUUAAAGUGAGUUGCACAAUAUAUAUAAAAGUGGUUAUAGUUUUGCACUUUGUUUGAAUUGAACCCCCGUUAUACAUCCUAGUUUACUAGCCAAACUUGUUCUUCUGUAUAUUCAUUCACCUCACGUGUAGGCUAAUGCAUAACAGAGCUGAACUACACCGACUCCUAGCUGAAAGAUAAGCAAUGGAAUGGCUGGGUGUGUUGACCAGUUCACUAAUUUGGGAAGUUGCAUCAGCCUUAAUUGAUUGCCUGAUUGUGGUAAUGUAAUUACAGUAAUGUAAACAUUAUUGUAUAACACUGUGAGACUUUAUCAAAAAAAAUUUACCCGUAAUGGAUGAGACAUGGUCGUUGAAAGUGGAAAAAUUGAGUAGGCUUUCUGUAUUCGACCAAAGGAAGUUUGUGGGUAUAAUAUAGUGAAUAAUAUUAAAACCAAGGGUUGUAGAUUGUUAGGUGAGGACAGUAAAUUAUUCGAUGAAGUUGUAUGGGUGAAUUGAUUAAGAUGGUUAGGACACGUGUUACACAUACUAUUUCAAGCCAUCCCUCGACAAGCAGUUUUAGCUAAGAUACGAUUAGGCUGAAAGAGAGUUAGGGAUGUUCAGAACAAAACGUGUCAUCAAUUCACUAUGACUUUGGCAGUUGAUAAGAGCCAUACUGGGAGGCAUA